GUGGGCCGCUGAGUUGCUGCUGAGUCAAGAACUGCCUCUUUGCAGAAAAACAACCAAUUUACUUUCCAUUCUGCUGCCUGAGACAACCACAUCCUCCUCUUACACAUACCCCAGGCUCCCAUGGAGAGCUCAGAUGUGGAGCUCGAUCUCCAGCGGAGCGUGCAGGCUGUGCUCCGAGAGCUCAGCGCCAAGGCCCCCGCCCUGCAGAGCAACCGAGGCAUGUGGAGGUGGUCCCUGCACAAGAAGGUUGAGCGGGAUCCUGGGAAGAGCCCGGUGCUGGUCCGCAUCCUGCUCAGAGAGCUGGAGAAGGCAGAAAGUGAGGACGCCCGCCACAUCAUCAUUCCCUUGCUGCACACUCUAAUGUACGUGCUCACUAAGGCCACGGGCAUCACAGAGGAGCUCCACCGGAGAACAUACGCCUUUUGCAUGAGGUUGCUGACCCUGCCUGCCCCCUACUGCACGAUCGCCCUGGACUGUGCCAUCAGGCUGAAAACGGAGACGGCCGUCCCAGGGACGCUGUACCAGAGGCUGGUCAUUGCCGAGCAGAACCUGACAAGCGAGCUGUACCCCUACCAGGAGAGAGUGUUCCUCUUCGUGGAUCCUGAGCUGGUGUCUCCCUCCGUGUGCAGUGCCCUGCUGCUGGAGAUCGAGGCGGCCCAGGGGCAGCAGACGCCGGAGGCCUGCAUGCGCCACGUGAUCUCCCACGCCCUGCAGGCGGCGCUGGGGGCGGCCUGCCACGCAGGCGCGCUGCAAAGGAAGCUGCUGGCCAGCUCCCGCCCCGCCCUGGAGGGCUAUUUCCACGCCGUGGUGACAGCAGUGGAGCAGAUGGCCAGAGAGCCCAGCCCUAGCCGAGAGGGCCACCUGGAGAGGCUGGAGGAGAUUUACUGCUCGCUGCUGGGGCCGCCGGCGGCCGCCAGGGGGCGCUGCGGCGGUGACCCCCUCCAGGACCGGGCGCUGAGUGUCCCUCUGCCCAGCCCCCGCAUCACCUUCCACCUGUGGACUGACGAGGAGCAGCUCUGGAAGGAACUGGUGCUCUUCCUGCGCCCGCUAACCCAGCUGCGCCUCAGUGCAGACUUGGAGGCCUUGGAUCUUCAGGGCCUCCUGCCAGACUGGGAGUUGGCCCGGGCAUCCAUGCUGUCCACCGACAGCGGCAUCGAGCGGGACCUUCCUCUGGGGGCCGACGAGCUGCUGACACCUGGCAGCCCCGAGGCAGAGCGAGCCGGGCUGCAGCGCAAGGGGGGCAUCAAGAAGCGGGUGUGGCCCGCGGACAUCAUGAUGCCCAGCAGCUGGGAUGGGCCCCCGGGGCUGCACCGGAGGACUGGCAGGCCCAGCGGGGAUGGGGAGCUGCUGCCCGGCAUCUCCCGGCUGCACACAGCACGGGUACUGGUGCUGGGGGAUGACAGGAUGCUGGGGCGCCUGGCCCGGGCCUACUGCAACCUCAGGAAGCGAGAGACCCAGAGGUUCUGCCUCACCCCCCGACUCAGCCUGCAGCUGUACUACAUCCCCCUGCUGGCGCCUGAGACGUCUGCAGCAUCCAGGCGUUCGGAGCUGGGAGAGUUGGCCGCUUUCCUGGGCCGCGCGGACCCGUGGUACGAGAGCAUCAUCAACACCCUGUGCCCCACCAUCCACAAGCUGGCAGAGAUGCCUCUCUCCCUGGACACAUCCCAGACCGUAGACCCCUUCAUCCUAGAUGCCAUCACCUACUAUGUUCGCAUGGGCACCCAGCCUGUCUAUUUCCAGAUCUACACGGUCAAGAUCUUCUCUGGUGACCUGAGCCAAGACCCUGCCGAGGACAUUUUCCUUACCGAGCUCAAGGUCAAGAUCCAAGACUCCAAGUUCCCCAAAGAUAGUUUUUCACCCCGGAGGAGAGGCAUGGCUGAGGGUCCAGGGGCUGAGCUCUCCAUCUGCUACCAGAAGGCCCUGCUCAGCCACCGGAACCAGGAGGUCACCGUCUCCCUGCGGGCCACUGGGCUGGUCCUGAAGACCCUUCCAGCCAGUGACACUGAAGUUUCAGGGCCCAUCUACUGCACCCCCACUGCUGCGCCCGACACAGACCACACGUGCCUGAGAGUUAGUGUGACAGAGAUUGUGAAGACCUCCAACUUGGCGGGAAGGUCCUUCUCUGUGGUGACAAACACCUUCCGGACAACCAACAUCCAGAUCCAGAGCCAGGACCAGAGGCUGCUGACCCUGUCACUGGACAAGGACAGCUGCCGCACGUACAGGGAUGUGGUCAGGUUUGAGGUUGCUCCCUGUCCAGAGCCGUGUUCCAGGACCCAGCAAUCCAAGGUGCUGGGGCUCAGCUCCCACCAGCAGGAGAUGGAAAGGAACAAAGCCAAGGCUAAGCCUCUUCUGAUACCCAUCAACACGUUCUCUGGCAUCGUCCAGUGA